UAUAAAGUGCUCGCGAUGCGGUCCGCGUGCUUUGUUUUAAGUCGCUCUCCGCAGUCGUCAAGCUUCUCUGGUUAUAGAUCAAAUGACGAGAUGCCGCUACUCUAUUUGCUCCUAUUAGCGGCCUUAAUGAUAAGCACAGAAGCAGCGAAAGGCGGCGGAGGUAGAGGGAGAGGUCGCGGCCGAGGAAGAAUGUACGGCUCGCGGACACAUAUCCUGAUACCCAACCGUAAUCCCGCCAGUACGCACUAUUACGAGAACAAGGAUGGUGCCAAGAUCGUGAAGGCGUCCCACUUUGAGUUGGAUUACAUGCUGGGCAGAAAGAUCACGUUCUUCUGCAUGGCGAUCGGCGUCCCGAGACCGGAAAUCACUUGGCUAAAGGACGGAAUCGAGUUGUAUCAUCACAAAUUUUUUCAGGUGCACGAAUGGCCUGUUGGCAAUGACACGAUAAAAUCGAAGAUGGAGAUUGAUCCUGCGACGCAGAAGGAUGCGGGAUAUUACGAGUGCCAGGCGGAUAAUCAAUACGCUGUCGAUCGCCGAGGUUUCAGAACGGACUACGUCAUGAUCUCGUAUUAAAUGCCUUCUCUGGUAGCUCCGCGAUCGCCAUAACAUUAGAACGAAUAAUAUCCUGUGUGAACAAUAGAUAUAGACAUUUGUUAUUAAGAAUUUGCUAUAUGAUAGAUUUUUAUCUAAUAAGCAGUUAGUUAUUGUUCAUAAUCCCAAUCUAAUCUAACGCGAGAAAGAGCUCCUAAGAUAUAAAAAAAUCAAUUCAACUUUUUACGUGAGAUCAACAGUGUAAAAUGUCAUAACUAAUUUUUUUUUUUUUUUUUUACAUGAGUAAGACAAACUUCCUCUUCGUUCGAAUCGUCAAUAGGAUGUAGAAGAUACCGAAUGUAAAUUCGUCGGUUCUCCCCCCAAUUCGUUAAAGCGUGAUUAUACCCUGUUACAAAGAGUACACGAGGAAUAUAUCGAAAAUGAUCCAUCACUGUGAAUUUAACAAGGCAAUUGUGUCGCGCCGCGCGAAAGUGCCAUGGAAGGGCAUACCUCGCUGCGUCAUCAUCAACGAACGCAAUAAUCUGUAGCACAGAGUAAAAUAAAUAAUUUGCAUGAACAUUA